AUGUCACCAGUGAUACAUUGUGUCAGCCAUGGACAGGGCUUUCACAACGUUGGUUCCGGAUGUUACACUCUUCCUGAUCCUCGCCUGACUCCCUUGGGUGAAGAGCAGAGCUUGCUUUUGCGCAAGACCACUUUCUCAGAUCAGUCAAAGAUAUCUCUUAUCCUCUCUUCUCCGCUUUGCCGAACACUUCAAUCUGUCAAUUUGGUGUUUCAGCCUGCCCUCGUGGCCAGCAAUAAGUGUCACCCUGAGAUUAUCGCUAUUCCCGACGCUCAAGAAACCUCGGAUGACCCGUGCGAUGUCGGCACUGAUCCAUCAGUCCUCCGCCGAGUUGUAGCCGAGAGCAAGUGGCCCGUCGACCUCUCCCUAGUCAACGACAUCUGGAACGACAAGACUUUAGGGACUCGCUAUAGCCCAGAAAGCAGCGCUAUAGCAGCCCGCGCCCGCGACGCCCGCAUCUUUAUCCGACAGAAGAUCCGACAACUGAUCGAGCAAGGUGAUACAGACCCUGAAGUUGCGCUCGUAACGCACGGCGGUUUUCUGCACUACUUCACCGAUGAUUGGGAGGACUCAUGGCUGAACCCUGGAACUGGAUGGCGGAACUGCGAGGUCCGAUCUUACGAAUUCGAAAGGGACGUCAUGAAGGAUACAGAUACGGAGGCUAGGCUCAUUGAGACGGUGGAGAGUCGACUGAAAAGGGGAAAACCCAAUCCGCAACCUGCUAAGGAAGAGUAG